AUGUUUAAAUCUCUUACUAACUAUACUUUAAAAAUUCGUGCAUUUCAAAAAUUUAGAAAUAAUUUCGUUAUUAUUUCUAAAAGUAGAAUAACCUCUAAAAUUUUAUUUAAAUCAUUAUUUGAUGGACGUGUUUUUUCAAGGAAUUCAUUAAAACAAAAUAAUAUUUAUAAAUUUUCAUUGUUAAAAUAUUAUCAUGAUAUACCAAAAGUUCAUCGAAAUUGUUGGAAAUGUGAUUCAGAAAUAGAUUACCUUUCCUUUCAUUGUAAAAAAGAAGAUUGUGGUGUUAUACAGAAGGUGUUUCCUAACGAUGUUACUUAUUUUGAAAUAUUAGGAAUUAAAAUUGAUGGACGCUUUCAACCAUCGUAUAAUAUUGAUUCUGGUCAAUUACGAAAAAAUUUUUUGUUACUUCAACAACUUGUACAUCCUGAUAGUUAUAGUACAAAAGAUCGAAAUGAAUAUAAUUAUGCGCAACAACAAUCUUCUUUAAUUAAUAAAGCUUAUCAAGUAUUACGAGAUCCUCUUUUGAGAGCCAAAUAUAUGCUUCAAUUAAAUAAUGUAUCAAUAAGUGAAUCUGAGUCCUUACAAGAUCCAGAAUUAUUAAUGGAAAUUUUGGAU